AUGGCGACCGGUGAGAGGCGAUCAAAUCUCGGGUUGCUCAGGACGUCAUUGAUUCUGGACCAAGGCGACACACGCACGACUCGCCAUGGAGACUGUCUCAGACUGUGUACUUACAACGCGAGAACAGUUUCCAAAGACGCCGACCUGCAUUCCCUUCUCGGAGCUGCAGAGCGUAUCAAAUUUCACGUGAUUGCUCUGCAGGAGACCAAGUGCAGAAGGAGCGACGUACGACAGAUGAAUGACGGUACACUCGUCAUUCGUGGAGAGAAGGUUCCGUCGCGAAAUGUAGGCGGUGUUGGUUUCGUUGUGCACCCAUCUGUCGUCCAUCUCGUCGAUUCUCACGAGAUCCUGUCACCUCGUCUGGCCAUUCUUCGCCUCCGCCCUCUGCGCCAAAAAUCCAUCAGUAUCAUCAACUGCUAUUCACCAACAUCAGCAGCUGAUGAUUCCGAAUUGGACGCGUUUUACGAGGAGCUGGAGGAAGUAGUCCACAACGAGAAGUCCUUUUACAAGUUCGUUGUCGGAGACUUCAACGCAAAACUAGGAAAGGCCACAGAAGAGGAAUACAGGAUUGGAAGAUUUGGACUGGGGGACCGGAAUGAAAAUGGCAAUCGUCUCGCCGGGCUGUUGUCCGCCGCUCGCCUCUUUCAUGGGAACUCUCUUUUCAUGAAAAAGAUCAUCGUCGGUGGACAUGGGAAUCGCCCAAUGGCGCGACUCGUGCGGAGAUCGACCACAUACUCACCAACCGGAGGUGGUGUCUAUUUGACGUCUCAGUAG